GACGUACACUCUCACCCGGAUGUACUCGUCAACGUCACGCGUUUUUUGUUUUUGUUUUUCGGCUUUGUUUUCUCGAGUGCCCCCUUCAGGGAAAGUUGUAAAUUCUAUUUGUAGCGCCAAUGAAUUGAGAUUUUAUUUUAUUUUAUUUUAUUAAAUCACUUGAACCCUAAACUUGUGAAUUUUGCUUUAAAAGUAUUUCGGCUUGCGGAAGCGACGCCGGCGGAGCUGUCAUAUCACAUCCGCCGCGGAGUGUAACUGACGGUAACUGAAAACAGUUCAGUUAGGAAGGUUUCAGGUUUUCUCUCAGUUUCAAUUUUUUUUUUUAUCUCGGUGUGAGUAGCUAAUGUUAUCAGGAUAGGUGGAGCAUGACCUUAUCUCAGACAGGGCGUUUGAAGAAAGUAAACAAAGCAGGACCGGUAGUUAGCGGUAGUUAACGUUCAGUUGACAGGCGGCUCAUUAACGUUAGCCAGCACGUGCUACUUUUUGUUCUUUGACACUUCAAGUCAGAAAGACAAAGGAGGACAACAAUGUUGCAGCUAGGAGACGAAGUCACACUGUACUCGGUCGUCUUCUUGGUGGUCCUGCUGGGGACACGGAGCCCGGUGUGGACAACCGCCCUCACCGCCUCGCUCUACCUCUUUCUGGCCAUGUUCCGGUUCCCCCAGGUACCGACCAGCCGAGCCCGGCAGGUGCUGCACCCAGCCAAGGGCGCGGUGGGCUCCGGCAGGGUGUCGGUUGUCGCUCACCGGGGCGGUGGGCACGACGCACCGGAGAACACCAUAGUCGCAAUCCGGGAGGCCAGUAAGAAUGGAGCAACAGGCGUGGAGCUUGACUUGGAGUUCUCAGCAGACGGCAUCCCAAUAUUGAUGCACGAUGAGACUGUGGACAGGACCACCAACGGGUCAGGACCACUCAGCCAGAUGAGCCUGUCCGAGCUUGGUAAACUGGAUGCAGCUGCAAAACAUCGUCUCAGGGACAAGUUUGCUGGAGAGAAGAUCCCAACUCUGGAGGAAGCCGUGGAGGAAUGCAUCAAACUGCAGCUCACCAUCUACUUUGACGUCAAAGGUCAUCCAGAUGAGGCAGCCGCAGCCCUUAAAGAAUUGUAUAAGAAACAUCCAGCCCUGUACAACAGCAGCAUCGUCUGCUCCUUUGAGCCCAAAGUCAUCUACAGGAUGAGGCAGCGCGACCCAGAAGUAGUCACAGCAUUAACUCACAGGCCGUGGAGCCUGAGUCGGUUCGGAGAUGGUGCCCCACGUUUCUCAGCGCUAUGGAAGCACCAUUGGAUGACACUGAUGGACAUGGUGUUGGACUGGGUGCACCACCACGUGCUGUGGAAGCUCUGUGGCAUCUCCGCCUUCCUUAUACAGAAGAACUUUGUCUCACCGGAGUAUGCCCAGUACUGGGCCCAGAGGGGGGUGGAGGUAGUGGCCUGGACGGUCAACACGAAAGUGGAGAAAAAUUACUACGAGGAGUUUCUGCAAGUCAACUACAUCACAGACAGCCUUGUGGAAGACUGCGACCCCCAUUACUGAGAAGCAUAUGAACCAAGCAGAGGACAUGUUCACAUAAAUACUCAUUUAAAAAGAUGAAAAUCCAUAUUAAAGGACCAUUUCACUGUGUACCUGUCACCCAUAAUGUGGCAUCAGGAAAGAGGACAUAAUGCCACUCUUUUUCCCAUGUACACUGACCGUCAUUGCGGUGAGUGUGUUUAUUUGAGGCCAUUAAACUGACCAGCCUGGGUGCCAUACUCAAUAACAAUAGGUGUUAAAUACAUUUAUAGAUGUUUUGGCAGUAAGUGUCUGCAAGAGAGCUUAAUCAAAUGUACUGUAUUCACCAACUCAGGACUGCAAUGAUUUUUUCCUCUGGUUACAAUGUCUUUCUUUAAAGAACUAUGGUAUAGUAUGAUAAACUGUCUGUGAUUUUUACUCUGUGAAUACCAUCAGUCUGAAGUAAACUACCUAGAAAUUAUUUUAUCACUCAUGAUAAAUGAAGACCUAUUAUAGCUAAACAGUUUAUAUAUUUGACAAAUGAACAUAUUGAACUGAAAUAAGUAGAUUGUAAGAUUUUAAAAAUGCAACAAUUCUCUAGGUGGUGCUAAUUUAUUGUCAUUCUGGUUCCUUAAAUGUCAUGAGAGAAAACUGUAAAGUCCAAGGCAUUCCUGCUUUGUACAUACACCAUACAUGAUCAUUAAUAUACAUUUUAGAAUUAACUAUAUUUUUCAGCAAUUACUUUUUCUGAAAAACACCAUUUGGUUUCAUGGUAGCCGACUCAGACUUCUGGACCAAAGUGCAUCUGCAGAGUGGAAACCAGUGACUUCAGUACAAUUUUAGCUUUCUUCUGUCAAAUCUGUCUCAUGUAACCACAAGCUUAUCCUCAUGUUAAGCUACAAGAUGAAAUAUAUGGGAAUGAGUAUUAGGAUGUGAAUGUGUGGGGAUUGCAUGAGGCUUUAAACUUGCAGUAGAUCUGCAGAAAUUCGUACUGAGAGAUGACAGCUGACAGCGAAUAUAACAAACUGACUUCAGAUGCAUCGGCAGCAACGCCUCACAUGCAGUGUAAAGGUCUAGUACACAAGACAUGACGGACAGUAAACAUAUUAUACAGAAAAGAACAGACGUGUAAUAGCAGGAGAAGUGCAGGUGUGAUGAAUAAUGAUGUCGAUGUUGCAUUUAGGUGAGCCAGCAGCGAACUGGAAAACCUAAAUGGAAUGCAGCCAUUAUUACUGUUAAUUACAUUAGCAUAAAUGAAAAGUAAAAUGUAAAAGACUUAUUUCACUGUUAGUCUUAAAAGUGGAAGAAAUAAAUCAUGUUGAUUUAAUUUCAUAUGAUCGAGUACUGUAUGUUUUUGUACUGAUGCAAAGUGAGCAGUUGGGAGGAAAUAUUUAUAUAAUGCAGGACAUCUAAUUUUGAAGUGAAAUUGUUGUUUGUUGUUUUUUUUCUUGCACCUCAGGACACUUGAGACCUGGGUACAUAAAAUGGGUCCCUAAAGAUCCGUUGUUUUAGCUGACAUUCUGCAGCCAAAACUAAUAAU